AUGCCUUUUGGGCUGCCUAAUGUGCCAGUAGCGUUUAUGGAUCUCCUGAACAGAGUGUUCCAACGUUACUUGGAUCGCUUUGUGAUUGUAUUCAUAGACGACAUCCUUGUGUAUUCUAAAAGUCAAAAGGGUCAUAUGAAACACUUGGAAAUUGUGCUGAGAACUUUAAGGAGGAGACAGUUGUAUGGAAAGUUCAGCAAAUGUCAAUCCUGGUUGGAUAGAGUGAGUUUUUUGGGGCAUGUGAUUUUUGCGGAAGAGGAAAGCUUCAAUGAACUCAAAACUAGGUUGACAAUUGCUCUAGUAUUGACACUUCCUGAUGAUAGUGGAAACGUUGUUAUCUACAGUGAUGCAUCACGACAGGGGUUAGGUUGCGUGUUGAUGCAACUUGAUAAGGUAAUCACUUAUGCUUAUAGGCAACUCAAGAAGCAUGAGUUGAAUUACCCCACGCAUGAUUUGGAGCUUGCUACAAUGGUGUUUGCCUUAAAGAUUUGA